AACAUGUAUCAGGAAAGUGUAAAAGGGAUUACAUCCUGAUAAAGGGUUUCUUUAAAACCAUAAAGAAGAUCAUUGUGAUUUUGAUAUGUUAUAUAUUACAUGGAUCACAUUGUGGUAAACCACACUACACUAUCACAUCCAUUGGAAUUAAUGUUGGUGGAGAUAUUUGAUAUUUGUAAUUAUGAGGGGUUUGGCGUUGCUAGUGGUAUAAUGACCACAUAGUUCAGUAUUGAUAUUUUCAUUGAAUGGAAUUUUGUGCUAUGAUUUUGAUUUAUAUUUGUGGCCAUUAACUUUAUAUUUGUUAUAUUUGACUCAAGAGUCAUUUUUUAAAUUAUGGUUUUCAAAAUUUUAAAAUCAGUUAGUGCUGCCCAAGUGAGAAAAUGUUAGAAAAUUUAUGUGGGUUUUCGUUAAUUGUAUUUGGUAUUCAAAAUUAGGUUGAAUGAAAACCUGGUAAAUCCUAAUAAAGUUAUGUGAUCUAAGUGGGUUUAAGUUUUAUCUUAGUUUUAAUAUGGUGUGAUGUGAAUAGAUGUAAGACUGGAAAUUAAAGUGGACUGCUUGCUGGGUACCCAAAAGAUUAUUAUAAUGGAAUGAAAUUAUGAUGAUCCUUGAUGAUUUUUGGGGAACAUACUGAUUAUGGAUAUUAAGGUACACAAUUUAUUUAUUUUGUCAUAUCUUAAUAUUUUAAAUUUUACCCAUGUUGAUUCUUAAAUUCUAGCAAAUUUGUACUCUUUUUUUUUUUUUUUUUUGAGGAGAUCUGUCACUGCUCUCCUAUUUGAGGGUGGAUUUGGGGUUUAGCCAUUUAUGAAUCUCUGAUUCAGUACUGACACUACUUUGCUACUGACAUUUUCUCGAUGAUUUCUAGAUCUCUGCAAGUAGAAUUUUAGGGAAAAAAAAUGAAACAUCCCUAUCCUU